AUGGCCACUGAAAUUGUGACCAUGGUGUCUCCCCCUGAAAAUACCACGUCCACUGCCAACAAUCACAAUAAUGAUAGUGCUUCCAGUUUUGGAUCCAAGUUCAACAACAACAGCAGCAGCAGCAACAACAACAACACGAAACAACCUUCGCUACUGAUGAGCUAUCUGAGUUCCUUGAUUGGGACAAGUCAAUACGAAUUGGUGGACGACAAUGCACGCAUGCACCGAACUCAGUCUUAUUAUCGCAUUGAAUUGAUCUCAUCCUUACCGAAUUCCAGGCCCAGCAAUAAGUGGAGUCCGCAAGAUCCAGUAGUCGGGAUUGCCGACAACACCAAAGAUCGAUGGGGUCUCGCCAAGAAACAAAAUUCGGUCUUGUCGUUGGAUUCGUCGGGCGCUGGUGCCUCAUCAUCAUCGUUUUCCAAUUACAAUCAUCAUCAUAACACUCAUCGAAACAAUAAGGACGACGAAUCAUCGUCUCAUUUGGAUUUGGCAGCCUCCAGUUCCGAUUUUUUUCUCAAAAAACCCAAUCGACGGGGGAGCAUUGAUCAUCAUGACGACGAAUUCAAUGAUUUGGAAAACAGUCCUUCUGGAAGUAGUCGGCAAAGUAUACGAACCGCCAUGGAAAUGUUGUCGAUGGAGGAGGAUGACGAAGAGGAUGCCAGUGUACCCAAGCACACCAAAUCAAAGAGUUCCAAAUCAAAACGAAAACAAGCCAAGGCGAAACACAAGGCGGAUAAGGAGCAGAGACGAAAAGAACGCAAGGAACGAAAACAGAAAGCAUCAUCAUCAUCAUCAUUAUUAUCUGACGGCAGCGACGACGACAAUAAGAAAAACGGAAAAACGAAAAAGAAUCGACGCAAUCCACAAAAAUGGGAACAACUUCUCAGGCGCAGUGAAUCCUCAUCAUCCUCCCUUGGACGCAAUGAUGAUGAUAAUGAUGAUAAUGAUGAUAAUGAUGAUAAUGAUGUCAACAAUGACAACAAAAUGGGAAAACAACAAAAACAACAACAACAACAACCACGCAAAGAAUCAAAGAAACCCUCCUCGGUAUUUUCACCAAUGUGCAAGUCGACCACCUUGGUGCCACCCUCAAGGACCUUUUCACCUCCGUGGACGGCCAAGGUAGCUUUGGACAUGAGUGACUUUAUCGAUGACAGUGAACGACAUGAUAAUGACGAUGACGAUGACGAUGACGAUGAUGAUAUCUAUAUCGAUGACAUGAAUGACAUGAUAGUAGAGACUGAUCAAGCGACAUCUCCUUCUGCCACGCCCACUACUACUACUACUACCACUACUACUCGGUCGAGAUAUAGUACCAGUGCCAUUCCCAAACCAAUCAAUCUCAUGGACGAUAGCGAUCCGGAAUUCAAAAAUAUUGAUGUUGGACGAAGUGUGGCAUCCUUGGAUGGCGGCGGCUUUGGCACGGUCGCCUCGGAAGAAGAAAGUAUGGAAUGGGAAGAAUACGAACUGCCCUUGGAACAAUCGCUCAAAUCGUGCAUCGACCCAGAUGAUCGCUCCUCUCACAGUGACAAUAACAACAACAACAACAAUAAUGACACGGGCCGAUCCGAACGAACGGCAGAAUCCUUUCAACGGCGACCUCCCGCCCACACCAAUAGUUUUGAAUUGACCCAUCGACGAUCGGCCGUCCGACAAUCAGUGAAACGUCGAAGGAUCAAAAUGACACCCCAAGAUUUGCAAACUAGGAUAUCGGAUAUUCAAUUGACGGACGAACACAAUCAACAAGAACAACAACAACAACAACAACAACAACAACAACAACAACAACAACAACAAGAGAGUGAAGAGAGGAAUGGUGCUACUGAUGAUUAUGAUUAUGAUGGUGACGAAGUUCCAAUUGAUCCACCAACACUGUGCGACAAUGAUUAUACGUCUUCGGCAGAUGAUUCCACAGAAGAUGAUGAAGCAAGGCUAGAUCACAAUGACUACACGUCUUCGGCAGAAGAUUCAAUAGAAGAUGACGGAGAAAUGCUAGAUGAAGAAGGCUCACUCUGA